UCUGGGUCUCGGCAACCGAACCAUCCAUGACACACAGCUGAAGUCGGCCUCUCGUGCGGAGAUGGACCAGUUCUUACUCCUCCGGGUCAUUUGGAAGAUCCACCGUGGCUCUGAGCUUUUAAAGUACUUGGACUUGACCCAGUGGCUUCCGGACGCCAAAGCAAAGCUGGAUAAUCUGCCAUCAUGGAAGAAAUACUGCAACAGCUUCACCACUCAGAUUCCUGAAGGCUCCUUCGCACUAGCACGCCAUUAUCAACUGCAAGUGUCUCGAACAGAGCAAGAUGACUUUGGUGGCAGUGGUGUACUAUUCACCCCCAAAGUGCACAACACUCGCUCGAGGCAGCAGGCACCCCAGCCCCCAGUGCCCCAACCGGACUUCACCAAGACCCCUCCCAGCAAACCGGAUUCCGAGUUCGCAACUCCCCACUUUGACGACGACGGUGAUUCAGAUUCCCAUAUGUCUUCGCCGCUGCUUCCGUCGGCUUGGUCAUCCUGGAGUCCGAUCAAAGCGGAUGAAGAAUUUAUGUACCCCCCCACGAAAGACGAGCAGAUUGUUAACACUGCUCUGCUGGUAUUUCUCGACUCUUUGACGUUGCACUUCAAUCUUUCUGUGGGCUGGUCUUUGCACCGCAUGGCUCUGACUGCGGAGUUCACAGAUGUGAAGUUUCAGGCAAGGACAGAUGGCUACCUUGCAGACCGCAGUGGGGAUAUAAAGGCUAUCAUAGAGGUCAAGCCUGUGCUUAGGCAGAGGAAGGAGGCGCAGAUCCACAUACAAGAAAGCCACCAGAUUGUGGCUAGCUUACUGGACGACUACAAAUCCCCAAUCCUUCAACGUCGGGGUAAACCUCGCCUGAUUAUCUCCCAGGACAGACAACAGAUAUACAUAUCCUUGGCUGAAUACAAUGACGAUUACAUUACCUAUCUGCAGACAGGAGGGGUCCACAAUAACCCCUUCCUUGUUAUGCAUCAGUUCGGUCCCUGGGACACCAACAACUCGAGUGCAAUGGCCGAACUAGGCCCCAUUCUCCUGGCACUAACGCUCAAGGCACAGUAUUAUUAGGCAGCCCUUUCGUCCGAUCUUUUGAGGAAUGUAUGUCGGGCGCUCUGAUCUUUUCAGCCCCUUCUCGUUUAUUUCGAUGUGUUUCCUAGCUAGUAUUGCUUAUCUCGUCGCGCAUCUUCCUCCUCGCGCUCCGAUAGGUCAUGAACUGCCCGAAGUCCUUCGACCAUAAUAAAUGACACCACUUAUCCAGACGCCCCCCAUUUCGAUUCGGGAAACAGAUUAUACUUUCUCUUUCUGCGUGUUAAUCCCAUAAAAAAGACCGCACUCCAAAUUCCAUUGAAGACCUCUAUCCAAGAUUA